CCGCCCUACUCCCGCCGCCGCCGACGCGCGAAGCAAAGCAGGAUGCCGGCCGGCCAUGGUCUGCGGUCGCGGACGCGCGACCUGUUCGCGCGCGGGUUCAGGAAGAAGGGUUACAUCCCGCUCACUACCUACCUGCGCACCUACAAGGUCGGGGAGCACGUCGACGUCAAGGUGAACGGCGCCGUACACAAGGGCAUGCCGCACAAGUUCUACCACGGCCGUACCGGACGCGUGUGGAACGUCACCAAGCGCGCCAUCGGCGUCGAGAUCAACAAGCAGGUUGGAAACCGCAUUAUCAAGAAAAGAAUCCAUGUCCGUGUCGAACAUGUGCAGCCAUCCAGGUGCGCUGAGGAGUUCCGCCUGAGGAUUGCCCAGAACGACAAACUCAAGGCAGAGGCCAAGGCACGUGGUGAGGUUAUCAGCACCAAGAGGCAGCCGCUGGGCCCCAAACCCGGCUUCAUGGUCGAGGGUACUACGAUUGAGACGGUCACUCCCAUUCCCUACGAUGUGGUCAAUGAUCUCAAGGGUGGUUACUAGGAUGUUUGAUCUAUCUGCCUGCAUGCCAGUUCGAUCAAUAUCCAUGUUGCUCUUGUGAGUAGGAUUUGCUCUCUGAGCAGUAGUCUGGGUCUUAAUUCCUGUCAAGAAGAUUCUCCGGUGUAGGUCUCUAUCCUGAGUUUUGCAGAAAUGCUAUACUGUGCUAUUUCCUUAAGAAUGAUGAUGAUGUGCUCUGUUGAACUAUAGUUACAUUGCGAACCUUAAAAGAUGCUCUUUCUGUACUAGUGAGUUACUGUGAUGA